GAGAUCGUCCGGUGCAAAGUGUUGCAACCAUGGCCGCCCUUUGCACGCAGAGCAAGAUCGAGGCAGCGCUCGCUAAGCAGCGCAGCUUUAUGGACACCUGGGGUGCGCAGCUGGAGCAGAUGCUGCAGAUGUGCGUCCUGCUUGUGCCUGUGCAGGAGGAGGACGAUGACAAAGCAGGAUUUUGGAGCCAGGUUGUGUACUCGGUGAGCGAUCUUUUUAACUUAUAUCGGACCGUGGUUUUGCGGAGCCCUGACGAGAUUCCAGUUUGUGAGGAGGUGGAUUCAGGUACUUUGGCGGAGCCCUCCAAGAAGCUGCGCCAAGACCGCCUGAGUUACAUGCUUGCCGCCUUCGCGCUGCGAGCGAUCCGUUCCAUCCAGGUGCUCAUUGAAAUGGAUGCCUUCAGAAGAAAGGGUUCAAAGCAUGCGCUGCAAGUUUGCAUGAGAAUCGAGAUUGUGAAGCUGGCACUCAAGAUUUUCCUGCGCUUCCGCAUGCCUUUCAACUUCUAUGUUGAUGAGGUUGCAAUUGAAGAUGCUGAGCCGCCCAAGCUUUUGGAGCAGCAACGAAAUGCGCUUCUCGGCCAGAGCCAGAAUUCAACAGAGACUCCAAGUGAGGUGGCUCCUGCGCCGUCAGCUUAUGUGGGCAGGCGAACAGGCCGCUCGUUGAAGGUGCUGGAGGGCGCUGAGGAGCCUUCUCAGCCCGCAGCGCCGCUUCCGCCACCUCCGCGUGUGGCACAUGGCCUCCGCAGCGACUGCACACCUCACACCUUGCAAAUCGCAGUGGCUGAGGUUCUGUACCAUUGUCGACCUCUGAUCCACCUGGCCAUGCUGCGGCGACGGGGGCGAAAGUCCUGGGCGGCAUGGUUUGCUGCCGUGCUGCUGGAGCGUUUGUCAGUGGGCCUGCUGAUGAUGGAGCUGCGGAACAAGACAGGCAGCCGCGCGGCGGCGCUGGAGGCAGCCGAGGUCAGCAGGCGGCACAACCAGAUAUGGUGGGCGUUGGUCAGGUCACCAUGUUUUGACAAGAUCUUGAGACGCCCUGCUGAGACGUUGGACUGGGUCCUCAAAAAGAUUCCUGUCAUCAACAUGUUUAACAUCGUGGAGCUGUUCAUGGUUCUGCAGCCCUUUUACUUCUCCACAUCAGGAUCAUAAACGCGACAAUGAAAAAAUGAUUACAUCAAUUAU